AUGUUCCACGAGCAGACUCUCAAGUCUAAUGGGCUUUCGCUAGUUGAGGGAAACGCGUACUUGCGCGCAUUGUGGCGACAGGACCCGGAUGGGAGAGAGAACAUGACGGGUCCGCCAAUAAAGGGUCAGACGUCCAUCGCAUCUCUAGACGAAUCUUUCAGAAACAUGACGCGCGCCAUGACGGCUUCCAUACAGACCCACGGCGCAGAAGGAGAAGAGAGAUGGGCGAGAGGCGACAUGUGGGCAAACACGACUUGUGUGUACGUGAGAUGGGAGUGGAUCGCAUUCCUCGUCGCUAUGAUCGCCCCUACAGGACUAUUCUUACUGCUUGUCAUCAUCGACAACUGGAAGGUUGAGAGUGAUAGACUGUGGAAGAGCUCGGUACUUUCGACGCUGUUCUGCGAGGUGGACAUAGAGCGAGAUCGGCCGAAAGGAAAGGAAGAGAUGAGUGAGAUUGCGAAGAGCACCAGUGUUAGUCUUGAGGGGAAUAGUGGAAGACUGAGAAUGGUGGUGCUGGAGUAG